GUAAAACUUCCUUCUCUUCCUCAUUCACAAACACACAUACGCAAACCAAACCUUCUCUCUUUCGCCCACACGUACUCUUUUUGCAUGAAAUAAGAACACUAUGAAAGUCAAAGUUCUCUCACGCAGUACAGAAGAGUUUACUCGCCAACGCUCGAAUGAUAUCCAUAAAAUCCAACGUAACCUUGACCCAACAUUGCAUCCAUUUGAAAAGGCCCGUGAAUAUACUCGCGCUCUGAAUGCUACCAAAGUCGAGCGAAUGUUUGCAAAACCUUUCAUCGGUGCUCUUUCGGGCCAUGUGGAUGGUGUUUAUUGUAUGGCCAAGCACCCUAAGCAGUUAGACUGGCUCGUCUCAGGCGGCGGAGAUGGCGAUCUUAGAAUGUGGAGCCUUUCUGAACAAAAGACCCUCUGGAGCACCAUUGGACACAAGGCCAUGAUCACAGGCGUUUCCAGUUUCCUCGAAGGCAGUCGGUUCCUCUCUUGCUCAAACGAUCGUACGGUCAAGAUUUGGGACCCUACAAUAGACCGCGGAGAUAGUACAGUUAUAGCUCCUGUGGAAACAUAUCCGGGAAAAAAUGCCUUCACUGGGAUUUCACACCAUCGAUCUGACAAUAUUUUUGCUACGUCUGGAUCAGAGAUCAGCAUUUGGGAUCAUAACAGAACGGAGCCGGUGCAGAACUUGAACUGGGGCGUCGAUACAAUCAACACUGUCAAAUUCAAUCAGACCGAAACUAGUGUUAUUGCAUCAACUGGCUCAGACAGGACCAUCAUUCUGUAUGAUCUCAGGACAUCCCAGCCAGUGACCAAGCUGAUUCUUGCUAUGAGGACAAAUGCAAUUGCUUGGAACCCAAUGGAAGCCUUUAACUUCAUGGCGGCUAACGAGGAUCAUAAUAUCUAUGCUUUUGAUAUGCGCAAGAUGGACAAGGCUCAAAACAUCCUCAAGGAUCACGUCUCUGCAGUAAUGUCAGUCGAUUAUUCACCGACAGGAGAGGAAAUUGUUACAGGAGGAUACGAUCGUACUGUUCGUUUGUUCAACGCUCGCCAAGGACAUUCUCGAGAUAUCUAUCAUACCAACCGUAUGCAGCGUGUCUUCACUGUGCUUUAUACAAUGGACAAUAAAUACGUGCUUUCUGGAUCAGAUGAUGGUAAUGUCCGUCUUUGGAAGGCUCGUGCGUCAGAAAAGAUGGGUCCGCGCGACUACCGUGAGAGAGCUCAUUUGGAAUAUUCAGAGAAGCUCAAAGAGAAAUUCGCACAUGUACCAGAGAUCCGCAGGAUUAAUCGUCAUCGUAACGUACCAAAGGCCAUCAAGACAGCUACUAAGAAGAAGUCCAUCAUGAUUAAUGCACGCAAAGUGAAAGAGGAAAAUGUCAGGAAACACACCAAAACUGAAAACCUGAAGGAGAGGAUACCGGAGCGCAAAAAACCUAUUGUUGCUGUCAAGAAGUAAAAAAAAAAAAAAAUCCAUCCAAAUCUGUUCAUUUUUGUAUUCAUUCCCCGCAUGCAAUACUACAUAAUACAUAUUC